UCGCUCAAGAUGGAUUCUAAAAAGAAGAACUUUUUGGAGAAUUUACGUUUUAAAACGAAGCUACUCCACCUUAAGAAGCCACGUAAGAACAAGCCGCUUGCUAAGCAGGGGAGGCAUAUAGCUAAUCGGCGCAGUGUUUCGGUACCGGACCUAACAUUUGUCCCAGGUGAAGCAGAGUCGCCAGUAAGCCCUUUCCAGUCCACUGCUUGUGAUGCCAUCUACUUUCGUGCCCCUCACGGUCUGAGUGAUACCGAUUCUGUUGCCAGCAGCUCCACGUCCGAUGGAUCCUUUUUAGCGAACAAACUCUGUGAACCUUUCACAGAAGUCACCUACAGAGUUCCUCAGAUUAAUGACUCUGCCACACAGGCGAACCGACUGAGCGUGCCAGUCGGGAAUAUUUAUGAGGAAAUAAAUAAUGCGAAAAAUUCAAGCCCAGGAAACAAAGUAACCUUCGUGGAGGAAGGCCUGUAUGUACAUAUGGAUACAAAAAACAACAAAAAGGCUCAGAGAUUUUCAUUCCCAGAAACAGGAUAUGAGGACGACUCAAAAUCGGAGCGAGGGAGUCUGUUUGGUGAUGAACCUCCAGCAGACAGACGGGUCUCAGACACUGUCAGUGACUUCCUGAUCCGAGCAAACUCGCUGGGGAAUGAGAAACGCCCUCACAUAGAUAAAAGCACCAUGUUGACUGAGCCAAAAAAGACGUCAGCUGAGAAAGGACCAGUACAAACAAUCAGCGAAAAUUUCUCUGCAGAGAUGAUGUCUCUGUUAGAUAAUUCUUUUGAGACUUCAGAUGCUUUAUCGGCCUCUGCAAUCGGCACUUCCAUGGAGGAACAGGCCAGCACGCCUUGGAUGUUAGAAGUGGACGAGGAAGAGCUGGAACAAGAGUCGUCAUCCUCGCUGAUGAGAGACUUCUGCAUGGAUGAGGGACUAGAACUGGAGGAGUCUCUGGAAGAGAAUUCUGCUGAAGCGUGUGAAGGUGAAAAUUCUGCAGAAGCCUGUGAGGGCGACGAUCUCGACGAAAACGACGUAGAGCCAAUAGAUUGCUCUGACGUUUUGUCAGCAAGCUCAGGCCUGGGCGCUCCAAUCCCCAACCCGCUUCAGAGGUACCUCCUCAUCAUUAACCUGAAGGAGGGAAGGAACCUGGUCAUCAGAGACAAGCGCUCUGGUACAAGUGAUCCAUAUGUUAAAUUCAAACUAGAAGGAAAACAAUUCUAUAAAAGCAAAACGGUUCACAAAAACUUGAAUCCUCGAUGGAACGAGUCUUUUUCUCAUCCUCUUCGAGACAGAGACCACAUUGUAGAAGUUCGGGUCUACGAUAAAAAUCUCACCUCUGACGACUUUAUGGGUUCAAGUACUAUAUCUUUGAGAAACCUGGAGUUGCAGAAAACCCAAGAGUUGGAGUUGCAUCUCAGUGAUCCGAAAGGAAAAGAAAAUGAUUUGGGAGUUAUACUUGUUGACAUCCGCCUCGUGUUUAGGGACGCCACGGUCAAAAGAGCCCCUCGAUUUCGUGCAAAAAGGAAUAAGCAGAACCUAAACUCUGCCCCACGCGUAGCUGAAACACCAAAGAACCAGAUGAAGAACCAGAUGUGGACAGGCGUGCUUCAUAUCACUUUAGUGGAGGGACAGGACCUGCCGCAGUACGGCCAGGGUGACAUUUACGUCCGCUUUCGCCUCGGUGAUCAAAAGUACAAGAGCAAGAACCUUUGCAUUCAGGCGAAUCCCCAGUGGAGAGAGCAGUUUGACUUCAGUCAAUUUGAAGAUAACCAGGAGCCUCUGCAGGUGGAGGUGUUCUCAAAGAGAGGGCGAAAAGGAGAAGAAUCAUGGGGAAUGUGUGAGGUUGACGUAUCAAGGCUUCCUUUAAAUGAAAGGCAGCUAUACACACAUGUGUUGGACCCAGGAAAAGGCAAACUGGUGUUCCUGGUCACCCAGAGACCUUGCUGGGGAGUCUCCAUCACAGACGCUGACAAACCUACGUUGGGAAUUCAAGAGGAGAGAGACGCAGUCAUGGAAAAAUUUAAUCUAAGAAACUCUCACAAGUGUUUACAAGAAGUUGGCAUCCUUCAGGUCAGCGUUCUGAAAGCAAAUGAUCUUCCAGCCACAGACAUCAAUGGAAAAAGCAAUCCCUUCUGUGUUAUCCAGCUUGGGAACUGUAAACUUCAAACCCACUCAGUGAGCAGGACUGUCAACCCAGAGUGGAACAAAACAUUUACAUUACCAAUUAAGGACAUUAAUGAAGUGGUAGAGCUGACUGUCCUGGAUGAAAAUGGAGACAGAGCCCCAAAUGUUUUGGGGAAAGUGGCUAUCCCUUUAUUGACUGUUCAGAAUGGCCAGCAGGUAUGUCUGUUUUUGAAGAAAGAAGACUUGAGUAGAACUUCUAAAGGAACCAUCACGCUGGUGCUGGAUGUUGUCUAUAACAAAAUCAGAGCUGGUUUCAGAACUUUUCAACCAAAGGAGACCAAGUUAAUUGAGGAAAACCUGAAGUUCAACAAAAAGGUUCUAGCCAGGAAUAUAUAUCGGGUUCGAAAAAUCAGCACAGCAGUGUUGUACACGUUACAGUACAUUAAAAGCUGUUUUCAGUGGGAGAGCACGCAACGGAGUCUAAUAGCCUUUCUGAUCUUCCUGGUGUCGGUGUGGCACUGGGAGCUCUUCAUGCUGCCUCUCUUUCUGCUUCUGCUCAUUGGCUGGAACUACAUCCAGCUCUGCACAGAAAAGUACAGCUCCAACCAGGACCUGGUGAACAUGCCCAUGGGUGACGACGAAGAGGACGAUGAAAAGGAGUCUGGAAAAAAGGGUUUGAUGGAUAAGAUACAUAUGGUGCAGGAAGUGGUUCUGGUGGUCCAGAAUGUGUUGGAAGAAAUUGCAAACAUCGGAGAGCGAAUCAAGAACAUAUUCAACUGGUCUGUGCCAUUCAUGUCAUGCUUGGCCUGCCUGGUGCUGUUUGUUGCAGCAACAAUGUUGUAUUUCAUCCCACUAAGAUACAUUGUGCUGGCAUGGGGCAUUAACAAAUUUACCAAGAAACUGCGCAACCCAUAUACUAUUGACAGUAAUGAAAUACUGGAUUUUCUCGAGAGGGUGCCGUCUGAUAUUCAAAAGGUGCAGUACAGUACGCUGAGAGCAGCCACCGGCCAGAACCAGCCGCGGAAGAAGAAGUGAGCUCUGCAGACACGCAGGAUGAAAGGCUGGUCUUUUUGUUUUAUGUGGUACGUUGCAGCCCACCUGACAACAAUGCUCCAGCGCCAGCCGAACCCGUGACCCUGCAUACCCCACCACGCCACCCUAACUGUGCCCCCUGCUGCUGAGAGGGCAACCAGCCACACUCUGCCUUGUGUGUUUGCCACCCCCCCGACAGGGGCUGUGAACUGCAGCAGCUAGGAGGGCAGCACAUGGCGCUGUCAAUCACCAGCGUGGAGGUAAAGA